AUGUUCUCCUCUCUACCAGUGUUGUAUAUGCAUAGAGUGGGGGUAUUAUAUAAGGUGUCUCCUUCUCCAAUGGCAUUCAUCAUCAACUACAACAAGCUCUCUCUCUUUCUGUUUCUUGCCACUCUACUCACCCUCUCUCAAGGUGAUAAGAUACCCUGGCAAACCAAGUACCCUUUCAUCCGCCCAUCGAGUUCAUUCUCAUCACCAUCACCACCGUCGUCAUCGGCAAAGUCAAUCCCAUCCAACGGCGGAGGAAAAAAGGAGGAGUAUGACUACAUUGUUGUCGGAGGUGGCUCUGCAGGGUGUCCAUUAGCAGCCACAUUGUCUCAAAACUAUCGGGUGCUCUUACUUGAAAGGGGUGGUGUCCCUUUUGCGAAUAGGAAUGUCUCAUUUUUGUCAAAUUUCCAUCUUACCCUUGCCGAUACUUCUGAUUCUUCUGCUUCACAAUACUUUGUGUCAAAUGAUGGAGUCUUCAAUGCAAGAGCUAGGGUUUUGGGUGGUGGUACUUCCAUCAACGCAGGAUUUUACACCCGAGCAAGCACAAGGUACAACUCUCUCUCUUAAUCAAGCUUCCUUUAUUUUUUUAAACAAGCACUCUUAAACAAUUAAAGAAGGAUUCAAAAUUGUCUUGAAAACAAAGUUUUUUUCCCCCCGAAUCAUCUAAGAUGUGUAUUGAGAAAAUUUGACAGAAUGAUAGGCCGGGGGUUGGGUGAUGAGUUAAUAAAAUAUUACUACGUUUUUUAUUUUAUAAAUAAUUGAUGCAUUUAAUAUGAUUACAAACGUUAUCUUGUUAAGGCUGUUUUAUUUGGGGUGCUGGUUUAUUUAUCGACUUUUUUUUUUUUUAGCAACU